AAAGAAAAAAAGGUGAAUUUUUCAAGCCCAUGCUUCGAGGAUCUCUAUCAUUUUACGAUGGGCAUAUUGGACAAGGAAGAAUGGGCUCUAAAAAUGGUCGACGCCGCCUCGAAAAUUCCUUCAGGUAUCUUAAACGGAAAUAUAAUUGACCUUGGAAUGUACGAUGAAUGCUUAGCAAUAAAAGAGAAAAAUAUUACGGAAAUUCGUGGUCGACAUUGCAUUUACAAUAUGAAGAUAGAUUUUAACGUCACUAAAAUUGUCCUAUCAUUGAGCACGUGUAUCCCAGCAACAUGCAAUGCCACGGAUGUCAAACAUAUUUUGAACUUGAUUAUUUUCAAUAUGACUGAUAUCGGAAAGAAUGGAAUAAGUAUUUUAUCUUCUUCCUGCUCGAAUAUCGAUUCUCCAGAAUGGACUACUGGAAGCAUUAUAACAUUUGCUCUGCGAAUUUUAAAUACAAAAAUAAACCCAGGCUCGUUUCCUGUUUUGAAUGGCAUCAGAGUUUUGAGCAUAUUCUGGAUAGUUAUGGGUCAUACGUACCAACAAAGGGGAUCAAGUAUGUUGCAAGUGAACAAUAUUGAACUUUUCGAGUGGUUUGAUUCGUGUAAAAGUUUGUACGUUACGCUGGCAGUACUAGCUGUGGAUUCAUUUUUUACUUUAAGUGGAUUUCUCAUGGGAUAUUUAUUCCUUAAAGAAAUGUCGAAAAGUAGAAAGUUUAACUUAUUUGAUUACUACUUACAUCGUUAUAUUAGAUUGACACCUGCGGUAUUGGUUCUUCUACUUAUAGCGAAAUUCAUUGUUCCGCAUCUGGGAUCUGGUCCAAUUUGGGAUGAAUCUCUAAAAUCACAAAAUGAUUGUGAAAACAUCUGGUGGGCUAUUUUGACAUACAUACAAAAUUAUAUUAAACCAGGAGUCAUGAACCAGUGUUUAGGUCACACCUGGUAUUUAGCUGUCGACAUGCAACUUUUCUUAAUAUCACCAAUUAUUUUAUAUCCCCUUGCAAAGAAAAGGAAUUUAGGUUUGGCAAUUCUGGGACUUUCAUUCAUUGUUUCCCUUGUAAUUCCAGCAGCAAUAAUUGCCAUAAAAAAAUUUCCUGCUACUUUGCUAGGAGCAAACGACAACCAACUUGGUGAUGUAUUUACAGAAUACUAUAUAGUUCCUUACGCAAGAUCAGGUCCUUGGAUUGUUGGAAUAUUUUUUGGAUUUAUAACUGCUACAAAAUGUGUCCAUAUCAAUAGGGUGAGAAUGAUUCUAGGUUGGUGUAUUGCAAUGAUUUGUUUAAUCUUUUGUAUUUGUGGGUAUGAAUCGUUCAAUGAGAAAGAUUAUGAAUAUGACGUGGCAUGGGAAGCAAUCUAUGGAUCAAUAUCGCGACCACUGUGGGCCUUUAGCUUAUCAUGGAUCAUUUUCGCUUCUAACAACGGUUAUGGAGGACUUGUGGGGAAAAUUCUUUCUUUACCUAUCUUCCUUCCAUUGAGCAGAAUAUCGUAUUGCCUUUACUUGGUCCAUAUGCUAAUUCAAAUUGUUAUAACAAGUUCUGCCAAAACAGCUUACUACUUUUCAGAUUUUUUAUCGUUCAGCACAUUUUUGAGUGAUUUAGCAUUGUCGAUCGUAGUCGCUUUUUUCUUCAGUCUCUUUUUUGAAUCCCCAAUAUUGAUUUUGGAAAAAAUGCUUUUCCGAAGGGAAAAGAGGGUGAAGACCGAACAUCCACAAGAGAGUGGUGAUCAAAAGUCAAAAGCUUAA